AUGGGCAGCACGUGUUCCCUAUGCAUGACAGAUGCAGACAAGCAGCAGCUGACGGAAGAGCUCAAGGAGAAGCUCUUCAAGAGUGCCGAGAGGGGGGAAGCCGCCGAAUGCCGCGGACUCCUUGUCGAUUUCCCUCGCGCAGUGAACAGCCGGAGCGCUCCGGAUGGAAAUACCCCGCUGCACGUAGCCGCUGAGGAAGGCCAAGUGGAGACAGUUCAGGUCCUGCUGCAGAUGAAGGCAAACCCCGAGCUGCGGAACGACUAUAGCCUCCGAGCUAUCGACUUGGUUGAGGCGGACACCGCGGUUUUCAACCUCCUGAAUGACCAAACUUCGCAUGAUGUGAAGCAUCGCACAGGGAUUUCCCUGGGAAAUCGGCGCGCCUCCUUAGGGGGAGUUUGA